UGGAUACAUUUUGCUGAGGUUUUGGCAAAGACAGGGUUUUGGCUUCUGUUCUGUUGUACAGGGAAUACAUCACUUCGGCUUGGAAUUUUCGUGCACACUGGCAACCCAGCUAUGCGACCGCUGUGUAUUGUGGGACAAGUGGAGAUAUAUCAAUGAUGGCUGCUUCCAUUUCGGGUUACACUUUCAGUUCUGUGUGUUAUCACAGCGCCAACAGCAAUUCUGAUCACGAAGGUUUUCUUUUUGGAGAAGUAAGGCAAGAGGAGAGUUUCAGCAUUAGUGAUUCUCAGAUUAGCAGUACUGAGUUUCUGCACGUAGUAGACGUCCAUAAUCAUGAACCUUGUGCACAACUGUUUAGUUUUUACGACUUCGCAGGCAAAGUCAACGAGGAUAACCUUAGCAGAAUUCUCAAAGAAAGGAGAAAAAACGUCAUCGGCUGGUACCGCUGCAGACGAAACACGCAGCAGCAGAUGUCCUUCAGGGAGCAGAUUAUCCACAAGCAGCUGAGCCACGUCCUGGGCAUGCCCGACCUCGUCUUCCUCCUCUUCGGCUUCAUCUCCACCGCCAACAGCUCCACGCACGCGCUGGAGUACGUGCUCUUCAGGCCAAACAGGAGCAGGCAUAACCAGCGGAUAUCUCUUACCAUCCCUAACCUGGGGAACACCAGCCAGCAGGAGUACAAGGUGUCGUCUGUCCCAAAUACCUCUCAGAACUAUGCCACGGUCAUCAAGGAACAAGGGGCUGAGUUCUUCGACAGGGAUGGAGUGAUUAAGAGUAUUAGGACAAUCUUCCAGGUCUACAAUGCGCUACAAGAGAAGGUUCAAGCUGUGUGCGGAGAGGUUGAACAGAGUGAACGAGUGAAGGAGAAAGUCCAGGAAGAAGUGAACAGACUGAAACAGCAGAUUUCUCUCAGGAAACACAAGAGUGCGGAAGAGGACAGGAGGCUACAGGAAGCAGUUGCAGCAGCAGUCACAGCCACGGGGGCGAACCCGAUUUCGUCAGAGGACUCGGACCCCGCCCUCCUCUCUAGGGUGGUCUUCCACGGCCCCGCCCCGGAGCGGCCCGGCCCGCAGAGGCCCAGCACCUCGGACACUCCUCCCCCGUACUCGGACCUGGCCCCCCGGGACCCCCUGGUAGCGCCGUCCCCCGAGCCCGGCGCGGCGCUCUUGCCUCGGCCCCAGGCGGUGGGUUCCUCCGGGUACCCCGCCCCCGGCCACGCCUUCGGCGGCGUGGGACACCCCGGGAACGGAGACGGGUCCAGGAACGACUUCCUGGACAGGCAGGCCGCCGGGCAGGAGGACGACGAAGAGGAGGAGGACGACGAGGACGAUGACGACGAAGAAGGGGACAGCAGCGAGUACGAGAACCUGGUCGUGGAGCCCUCGGAGCUGCCCGACAGCAGGGCGCUAUCGCUGCCCCAGGGCCUGAGACCAGAGGCCGACGCCCGCAGCUCCCAGGCCUCCCAGAGCUGAGCACUGCUGAGGGGUCUGCCUCAAACUGAGCCUGAAAAAUCUGAACAUCAUAAAAGCAAGGAGGGAAGGGUGGCUCUUUAUCAGUGUAAGCCCUGACAGUAAAACUCCUACACAGAUGGUUCUGCAGUUUUCUUGGGGGUUUUUUUUUUUUUUUUGGGUCUUGAUUUUAACCAGACACGAUGGGGUUCAAAUACGGAGGACUCUUCCCAGGGGAACCUGUUCGGUGCUUCCCUUUGGAAUGGAGAUUUCUGUUCCCUGUUCAGAGGAGAACAUACUUUCCAUAAUCUAUAAUGCACAUAUGUUAUGGAUUACUGGAUGAGUAAGUGGGGGCGUUUGGUGCCACGAUUUGCUUUGGUCAGGUCAUAGCAACGAGAAGCGCCUGGACUCCCGCUCAUCGUUUCUGGUUCAGUCUGUCAGAUAUCUAAAUGGUUUGGAUAGUCGACUUGUUCCAUUACCUCUUGCACUGUUUUGCCUUGUUAUCAUAUCCAUCUAAAGGAAAGGGUAAAUUAUGUUUUAUGUGGCCUUCAGAGUUUUCUUUGAGCCAAUUUAGUGGUUAGCUUUGUGUUUGUUUCCAACCUGACCGUGGUAAGCAAAGAUUAUAAUUGCUUUAGCUUGCACGUUUGUCUACCACACCUUUUUACCUUUUAAUUGUCAAGUUUUCUUACUCCAGAGGUUGCCUGUGACUUUGAGCAUAACUACAUAAUGCUACAAUAAGGGGUGCUUUCUUUCCUCUCAGAUCAGUGUAACAUAAUAUUAUGACAGUGUCAAUUUCUUAUGCUUUAAUACCACUAACAUUGUAUACCCUUCAGUGCACUUAAACUGAAAUUCCCCCCAAGGUUAGUUGUGCCACGGGCUUUUGGACCAACACAGCUUUCACUCUUGUGCAACCUUCAGGGCUUACAAAACAAGAACUGUACUAGCAAGAAGAUGCUUUCUGAAGUUAAAUCGUUAAAUGUGUGAUAAACGCGAGAGCACAUAGAAAAUGCAUAUCUCCCCAGAUUGUAUAAUUGCCACUUCAACUGUGAACUGCAACUACUGAUACUGCAUUAGUGGUUACAUAGGAUGGGGAGUUCUGCUUUGUAAGCACAGAAGAGAAACUCUUUACAGAUAGGCUGCUGUGCUAUGGUAUUGUAAUCAACAGACCUCAUAGACUCCAGUCAGUGCUCAGACUUGCACUGACCCCCCGAUUCUGUGCCUUCUGUGUGCAGCAGGACCAUUAAGCAUGGACGAGGUCAGACACACAGAAUACAGCCAUAGUGAAGAGGCUAUAUGCACAAUGCACAAAGAGAGAAAUGUUGUGCCUGCUGCUGUGGGCCUGAAUUCAGCAGGGGUGCUAGCAUAGGUGAAAAACAGUAGCUUUGGUUCAUUUUUUCCUGUUUAGUGCAGAAUGCCUCCCUUAAUGCUGUUCUGUUAAGGCCAGUAUUAUGAAGCCAGGGUAUUAUGGCCCAAUUAUGUGACUAAUCCUUGGGGUUUUCGGUACUGCAGCACUGAAGAGUUUGGAUACUCGGAAAAAGUAUGCUGUUCAAGUUUUGCUCCUAAAUGCAUAUUAAUUCUACAAUGCAUCGUGAAUACUUUCACACAGGCCGUGCAUAAACUUGAUCUUGGCUGUGAUAAUCGUUUCGGUAAAACCUUUUAAAAUUCAGAACAGCAGUAGAAGGCACAACAAGAGGUGUGAGCAGGUACUCAGUGUGGUUAGAGAACCUGCUUUACUGUCAAGCACAAAUCCAGUGAAAAUGCAGUCAACCAUUUACUCUGAACAUCCGCAACAACAGCUCGAGAUGGGUCAGAUGCUGGAAGAAUUGGUGCGGGAAUACUUUAUAGACGUUCACUUAAGACGGAUUUGUAUAUAAAAGGUAAUAAAGGAAAUGUUUAUUUGGUUUGCA